AUGUCCGACAGACCUGAAGGGCACAAGCGCUCUCGGAGUGCGCUAGCGCUUUCCCUCCUGUAUCGCGAUAAAUCCAAAGGCGAGGACAAGGAGGACGACAACACCUCAGUCGCCUCCGCCUCCACGAAUGGCUCCUCUUUGACACAUACUCGCAGCUUCAGUCGCAGUCGUCGCAAGCAAAAUCAGGACUUGAAUCCUACCUCAGUCCCCGAAAAUCCCCUCGAGCAGGUUGCUACCUAUCAAAGCUACCAGGGCGCGGACACGAUGGCGCAGGAGCCAUCGGUGCCUCAGACGGAAGGGGGGAGCCUGUCCCUCGACCAGUCGGUGCGGACGUUCCGCUUGUUUGAGAUCCUGCGCAGUGGUGAUACCACCGCCAUUGCCAAGGCUAUCAAGGAAUCCGGGGAUACUCAAGUGGCGAACAGCUUGUAUGGGACCACAAUCCUCCAUCUGGCUCUCCAGUGUGCAGAGCCCCAGGUGGUGGAAUUCGUGCUGUCGUCGAGCGAGGAGUUGGAUAUCAACGCGCGGGACCGCGAGGGGAACACCCCGCUUCAUCUCGCUGCUCAGCUUGGACGUACCUCCUUGGUUCGGGAACUGCUGAACCGGCCCUCAGUCAAUGAUGCCGUGGUUAACUACAGGGGUCAAACGGCUCUCGACCUCGCCCGUACGCCAGAGAUCUUCCAGCAACUCCACCUAGCCCGGUCCCUCUUCAUUGACGGUAAGACUCAGGAGAUACAAGCCCUGAUCGCGAAAAGGCAAUAUGAUGAACUGGAGAAGCUGCUGGAAGAGCCUCGCGCGGAAGGCAUAUUGGACGUCAACAACCUGGACUUGGUCACCGAGCGAACGACCUUGCAGUCUGGCGGCACUCUGCUGCAUGAAGGUGCUCGGAAUAAAGAUGUACAACUCAUUGAGAUCCUUCUGACACAUGGUGCGGACCCUUUCCGACGUGAUAAGAAAGGAAAGCUGCCCCAGGAUGUUACCAAAGACGACAAGACUCGGGCGAUGUUGAAGAAGUCCCCGGCCGCCGCGGUUGCUCAGCGAGGUAUCCAGGAGAAGGCUAUCCUCGGAAACAGUAAUGCUCAGGGCCUGUCGGGUCGGGUGUCCAUUGGCGAGGCACCUCUGGCUGGUAAAGAUGCCCGGGAGAUGCGUGGCUAUCUCAAGAAAUGGACCAACUACACAACCGGCUACAAGUUGCGCUGGUUUGUUCUCGAGGACGGUGUUCUGAGUUACUACAAGCACCAGGACGAUGCCGGUUCCGCUUGUCGUGGAGCAAUCAACAUGAAGAUUGCCAGACUAAGCAUGGAUGCUCAAGAUAAAACUCGGUUCGAAAUCCACGGCAAAUCAUCGGUGAAGUACCACCUGAAGGCAAACCAUGUUGUGGAGGCCAAACGUUGGUUCUGGUCUCUGAACAACGCGAUUCAGUGGGCUAAGGACGAGGCCAAGGAGGAAGAGCGCCAACGUUCACAAAAUGCAGAGGUUCUUCGCCAGGCCAAGAUGGACCAGUCAAGUGUGAGCGGAACACCCUCCGAGUCUGGAGUGAGUCACAAGCCCAGCACCAAGGGUCUUGCGCCUCCCUCUCUCGGAGUGCCUGGCAGCAGCAGUAGCGUUAGGCUCAGCACACACACCUCCCGAACCACGCUUGAGGUCACCCCCGAGGAUGAAGCAGGCUCGGCUUAUGAAUCGCUCGAUGCUCCUAACGAGGUGAACAGAUCGAUCAGCCAUGUCACCUCUGGGCCUGAAAUGGAUGAUGAUGACGAUGACUUUGGCGACUACGCUUCCAGCCGUGAGAUGCCUACCGAGGACAAGGAUGCUCUCAACAUCACCGCACAGUCCGCGAAACUCCAACUGGAUCUUCUGGCGAAUGUGUCUGCUUCUGUACAGGCAGAAAGGUCUAGGAACCCGGAUAUGACUAUUGCGGAUCCAGCACUUGAGCAAGCCCUUGGUGCCUAUGAGGGUGCCGUCAGUAGCCUCAAGGGCUUGGUUCAAAACCUUCUCAAAAUUUCACGAGACCGCGAUUCCUAUUGGCAAUACCGGCUGAACCGAGAGGAACAUCUUCGUCGGAUGUGGGAAGAGAGCAUGGCGCGCGUCGCCCAAGAGCACGAGGAUCUCCAGUCCAAGAUGGGCGAGUCCGAGGAAAAGCGGAAACGUACUAAGCGGGCUCUAAAGGAGGCUCUGGAGAAUGCUACCGGUAGUAGCCGCGAAAUCAGCGGUCCAAGCUCUCGCAUGCCGGCCGAAGACCAAGACACCGCGGAGGGCCAGACCGAGGCCUCGGAAGCUGACCAGGAAGGAGAGCAGCCAAGCGAGGCAGCGCGGCCUAUUCUCCCUCGCAAUAGGUCCGGGAAGUCCACAUAUUCUCAGAUCAGCGGCCUUUACGACUCGGAGUCGGACGGUGACGAAUUCUUUGACGCCAUCGAUGCCGGGGAAAUCGAGGUGGAGGAUGUCACCAAGGUUGAGCCUAAAGAACCGGAAAAACCGGAAGAUGAAAGUUGUCAGGCUCGUAAUGAUAAGGUGGCUGUGAUCAAGCCCUCUUUCAAGGGUUAUGAGGAGCCCGUACGAACGAGGUUGAAGAUGGACAAUGAUAAUAGGCCCAAGAUCUCUCUGUGGGGUAUUCUGAAAUCCAUGAUUGGCAAGGAUAUGACCAAGAUGACCCUUCCCGUCUCUUUUAACGAGCCGACCUCGUUGCUUCAGCGAGUCGCCGAAGACUUGGAGUACACUGACCUUCUUGAUAUCGCUGCUGACCGAACCGACUCAAUGGAGCGUCUGGUUUAUGUGGCCUCGUAUGCCGCAAGUGAAUAUGCUUCGACGAUCGGCCGUGUUGCUAAGCCAUUCAAUCCCCUGCUUGGUGAAACUUUCGAGUACGUGCGGCCAGACAAGGGCUACCGAUUCUUCGUGGAACAAGUCAGUCAUCACCCGCCGAUUGGCGCUGCGUGGGCCGAGUCACCCAAGUGGGAUUACUGGGGCGAAUCCUCCCUCAAAUCCAAGUUCUACGGCAAGUCCUUCGAUAUCAACCUUCUCGGCACGUGGUUCCUGAAGCUGCGUCCAGUCACCGGUGGGGAGGAGCUGUACACCUGGAAGAAGGUCACAUCCUCCGUUAUUGGCAUCAUCACUGGCAAUCCCACCGUGGACAACUACGGUCUGAUGGAGAUCAAGAACUGGACCACUGGAGAGGUCUGUUACCUCGACUUCAAGCCGCGCGGGUGGAAAGCGUCGUCGGCCUACCAGGUCAGCGGUAAGGUGGUCGACCAGGACGGCUCCCCCAAGUGGAGUAUCGGCGGGCGUUGGAAUGACAAGAUCUAUGCCCGCCACACCCCCGGCUUCGAGGCUCCGGUGUCCGGUCAGGAUCCAGAGUCGGCCAAGACACUCUUGGUGUGGCAGGCCCAUCCUCGUCCCACCGGCGUGCCUUUCAACCUUACUCCCUUCGUCAUUACUUUGAACGCCCUUCCUGAAGGUCUGAAGGAUUGGUUGCCUCCGACUGACACGAGACUGCGUCCCGACCAGAGGGCUAUGGAGGAUGGCGAGUACGACAUUGCUGCUAAUGAGAAGCACCGGGUCGAAGAGAAGCAGCGUUCUAAGCGCCGGGAGCGUGAAACCAAUGGCGAUGUCUACAAACCGCAGUGGUUCAUACGUGCCACUUGUCCCACCACCGGCGAGGAUUACUGGGCUCACAAUGGCAGAUACUGGGCCAGCAGAGAGGCGCAGGACUGGAGCCUUUCGGAAGAUAUCUUCUAA